CUCUUGUUGAGACACACUGAGAUCCCAGGGAGUGAGGCACAGAGGCGCAGAGCACAGUAGAGGAACGUACUCGAGCAGUGUAUUGUGUCUGAAUUUCACAUCUGGACUUCUUCAGGAGGAAUGGCUCUUCUGCCUACAAGCAUCCCUGCUAACUUCACCACUGUGGCUUUAUCUGGAGAUCUAAACAGCACGCAUGGCCCUCUUUGUCCUGGCACAGAAUCCGCGGAAUGGCACUACACUGUGCUGCCAGUGUACAUCCUGCUCGUCAGUGUGCUGGGAAUGGUGUUUAAUGCAUUUGUCCUGAUGGUUUUCUGCUUCCACAAGAAGGCCUGCACCGUGGCUGAGAUCUACUUGAGCAACAUGGCCAUUGCUGACCUUGUCCUGAUGACUUGUUUGCCCUUCUGGGCUGUGUAUGCAGCCAAUAAAUUCAACUGGCCAUUUUCUACUCCCCUGUGUAAACUGGUCACCCUUUCCAUCAACAUGAACGCUUACUGCAGCAUCUACUUCCUUGUUCUGAUUAGCAUAGAUCGUUUUGUAGCACUGGUGCACCCGCUGUCCCAUGAACGAAUGCGUAGGCCAAAAUGUGCCAAACUGGCCUGUAUGCUGGUGUGGGGUUUUGGCCUGCUCAUGGGUGUCCCCACACUUGUCUACAGGGACGUAAAAUAUUUCCCUCACAUAAAUUCUACUCCAUGCUAUCUUAAUUACCCAAAUACCCAUGUACAGCUUACGUUUGAUGGGAUGCUGAUGAUGUUUGGCUUCAUCAUCCCUGUUUCAAUUAUUUCGUACUGCACUUUCAAGAUUAUUAAAGCCCUGCAGAACCGGUCAAUUGAUGCGUUAAACACCAGGCAGACAGAACAUAAGGCCACUACUCUGGUGCUGGCAGUCCUCCUGGCAUUUAUGAUCUGCUGGGUGCCAUACCACCUGAUGAAGAUACCAAACGCACUAAUAAUACUUGAGCUACUGACAUGUGACGUCCUCGCCAUCGUAAACACCUGCAGCCAUGUCUUCAUGUACUUUGCCUUCUUCAACAGUGUUCUCAACCCCAUACUCUACGUCAUUGUAGGAAAAAACUUCCAGAAAAAAGUUAGGGAACUCUUCAAGAGACGGAGCUUUGACAGGUCAACCUCCUACACACGCUCAAACCUGACAAGAAGUGUUAAAAGGGUCGCGGGGGUGCUGGAGCCUAUUCCAGCUGACAUGGGCAAGAGGCGGGAUAGAGCCUGGACAGGUCGCCAGACUAUCACAGGGCUGACAAAUAGAGACAACCAACCAUUCAAGCUCUCAUUCCCACGCUGACACGGGGAGAACAUGCAAACUCCCCUGGGAUUGAACCCCCCCACCCCGGGUUCGACCCAGGAAUCCUCCUACUGUGAGACAACAAUGCUAACCACUGCACCACCGUGCCGCCCACGUGAGAAAAACAUUGUUUAAACUCCCUCCUGAUUGUUUGCUGCGAGUGAAUUAUAACUCUGGGCUUUAGCUAAGAGGAGUGAGGGUGGUGUUCUGGUGUUUGCCAUCUACACUUUGUUUGAUCUGUUCCCAGCCUAUUUUUAUUGCACUCUGUGAUGUUCUCACUCCUAUUUCAUCAAAUACGGACGCUUGGUCAGUGGCCCACUGGAGUUAGACACUGACACACAAAGGCACACUUAAGCAGUGGUAUGAGAUGUCCCAGGCAGCAGCAUUUGUUGACACUCCGGGUAACUACCGCAGUACAAAUAGCAAGAAAGUCAUUUGGUGGAAGGGAGUGGAGGAUGGGUCAAGCAUACUCCAGACUUUUACACAGGAGUCCGUCGUUUGUGUCCUGUGUAAACCCCAAAACAUUUUUUUUUACCUGCUUUGUAAGUUUAUUACGAAAAAGACCAUAUGCAUUUAAUGAGCAGAGCAGAAAUUUCACAUUUACUGUGAAAAGAGACGAUGCAUGUAACGAGCAUAAAUCGACAUCCCUGAGAGUCCAAAAUUGACGAAGGAGGGGUACUUGUCACAUCAUAUAUUGACGAGACAGGCCGCUGACCAAGCAUCUGUGUUUGACAAGAUGGAAGUGAGAACUGAUGUACUUGCACUUAAACCCGACCUCUUAUUCCUGAGUGUAUUAGGCCUUUCUAAACAGUGCCAAGAACCCAUGUUUUCUCCGUGCAACACUUCAGAAGGAAAGUUGACGCUCUGUUGUGUCUACUAAUAUCAGCAGACCAGAGGAAGUCAAGGGUGUGGUCAUUUAUUGCAAGGGAUUAGAUGUGAAUCUUUCAUUUUAGGAUAUGAGACUCAGUUUACUGUACAUGCCAGUCUAACACUCAUGCACUAAAUGCUGUUUCAUUAGAAAUGCUUUUAGACUUAACACAAUAAUAGCACUGCUACAUGAUUUAACAGCAUUACGAGAUUGUGUUUGAUGUAAUCGGCACAAGCUAAGACAAUGGAAGUAAUGUACAAAAGAGAUGGGAAAAGACUUUGUGUCUCUGUGGAGAAGCAACGCUUUAAAACGUUACAAUGACACCUUUAUGAUAAGCUGUUUGUGUUGGGUGUAUGUCUGUGAAUGUGUGUUUCUGUACUGUUAUACUCUCACUGUCUUGUGAUGUUUCUAUGUUAAACACCAAACGAACAUAUUUAUAGCCAUGUAUUCUCCCUUCUGUUUCUGACACUGUAACUCAUGUAUCCUUUCCUUGACCCUAGAGAGCUAAAAUAAGAGUCGCCACCUACACACUGCGCCUAUUUGCAUGCUUGUACAGUCUGUUGCUUUGUACUGUUUGUUUUCUGUUCAAAGUCACAGCAGCAUGUUAGUUUAGUCAUGUUGUUAUUUCUUUACAGUGUGAGCAAACGUCACUGCUCAUGAAACGGCCUCUGUGUAUCAAUUGUGAAACUAUUUGCAUCAUCAAUUUAAUGCAACACCUGGAGAGGCAUAAAUGGAAAGACUUAAUCCUUUGCUGACUUAUGAAUAAACAUGCACCUAUGUGAGUGUAUA